AAACAUCGUGGUCUUUUUAAGCACUCAGUCAACAAUAUCGGACAAAGAUAAAAAAGUUUUAUUUUCAUUUAAAUUCUAAAUUAAAAGUGAAUUAAAUUCUUUAACAUGGGCUUUGGACGCGGAGGCGGUGGAGGAGGACGUGGAUUUGGAGGUGGUCGCGGUGGCGGCGGAGGCCGUGGAGGUGGUAAUAAAGGAGGCGGCGGUGGUGGCCGUGGAGGUGGCGGAGGCGGUGGCUUCCGUGGAGGACGUGGUGGCGGUAGCUUCAGGGACCAGGGUCCACCAGAUCGUGUUAUUCCCCUAGGUCAUUAUUCCUACAAAUGUGAAGACGAUUUGGUCUGCAAAGUAGAAAUCGAUGAUGUUCCAUACUUCAAUGCCCCAAUUUAUUUGGAAAACAAAGAGCAAAUUGGUAAAAUUGAUGAAAUUUUCGGCACAGUGAAAGACUACUCGGUCUCUGUGAAGUUGUCCGACAACAUGAAUGCCAGCAGUUUUAAACCACAACAGAAGUUGUUUAUUGAUCCCUCAAAACUCUUGCCCAUUGCAAGAUUUUUGCCAAAACCACCUCAACCAAAAGGUGCCAAGAAGAAGGGUCCAGCUGGUGGUGUUGGUAACCAGAGAGGAGGUCGUGGUGGUGGUGGCCGUGGAGGCGGUGGCGGCUUUGGUCGCGGAGGUGGUGGUGGGCGUGGAGGCGGUGGCGGUUUUGGCCGCGGAGGUGGUGGUGGCGGCGGCGGGUUUGGCCGUGGAGGUGGUGGUGGAGGACGUGGCGGUGGUGGUGGUCGCGGAGGUGGCCCGCCCUCGUUGGUAAAAUUAUAUCCAUAUGUUAUAAGCAUUUUUAGAAGAGCUCCUGAGGUUACCGCACUAUUUAGAUUUAAGUAG